AUCUCCUCAGUGAUGAAACGGAAAGUAUAGAAUUAAGUUUUCUGGCUCGAUUGGUUCCCUGAUGAUGCUGAUCGGUGUUCUGGGGAUUUUCCGCCUGAGAACUCUAAGGAGGACCUGAUAAUUUGUCCAUAUGAGGCUAAUCGACCUCUGAAAAUGGCUUCGGAGUUGGAUCUUUCCAGCUCAUUCAUUCCGUCGCUAUACAAGCCGGCAGCACUCUUGCCAAUUGCGCGACACAGGCAGAGCUUGCUAUAUCUGGUUGAAACCUAUCCGGUUACAAUUGUGGUAGGACAGACAGGAAGCGGGAAAACGACGCAACUGCCGCAGUAUCUUGACCAAGCAGGAUGGUGUGUAGAUGGCAAAACAAUUGCUGUGACGCAGCCCCGUCGGGUGGCUGCUACAACUGUUGCAGCCAGAGUGGCGGAGGAAAUGCGCUGUAAAGUUGGCGAGGAGGUUGGCUAUUCGAUACGUUUUGAAGAUUUGACGUCUCCGGCAACAAGAAUCAAAUUCUUGACCGAUGGAAUGUUGCUCAGGGAAGCACUUGUAGACCCUUUACUUUCUCGGUACUCGGUCAUUAUGGUGGAUGAAGCUCAUGAACGGUCUCUCAGCACGGACGUACUACUGGGAAUCUUGAAAAAGAUCGGAAAAAAGCGUCCAGAGUUGCGGAUUGUGAUUAGUAGCGCAACACUACAAGCGGAAGACUUCCUCCGCUUUUUCGCCGGCGAGGAGCUUCAGAAGGAUGAAGAUUCAAACGAAAUUGGCGGAAGUGUCGGCAGGAUUAUCAGUCUAGAAGGCAGAAUGUACCCUGUGGAUAUACUCUUCCUGGAUUCGCCUGCCGAAGACUACGUGGAACGAGCCGUGAAGACGGUCUUCGAUAUCCACUCUCAAGAAGCGGACGGCGAUAUCUUGCUGUUUCUAACUGGACGAGAAGAAAUCGACACUGCUAUCCAAUUGAUUUCGGAGCAUGCAGCGACUCUUCGCUCAAAGACACAAUCCGUCUUACCAUUACCACUCUAUGCUGGACUCACCACGGAACAACAGCUCUAUGUCUUUGAACCAGCCCCGGAAAAUACCCGCAAGGUCAUUGUGUCCACAAACAUCGCAGAGGCGUCUGUCACAAUCGAUGGCAUCUGCUAUGUAGUCGAUUGCGGUUUCGCGAAGCUCAGAGCUUAUAACCCAAACACAGGAAUCGAGACUUUAACUGCGGUUCCUAUAUCGAAGGCGUCGGCAACACAACGUGCAGGACGUGCAGGACGAACAAAACCUGGAAAAUGCUUUCGACUCUACACCCAGCAAGCUUAUGAGCAGUUGCCGGAUGUCGCGAUUCCGGAAAUUCAACGCUCCAAUCUGGCUCCCGUCAUUAUGCAAUUGAAGGCGCUGGGGAUCGAUAAUAUUGUACGCUUUGACUUUCUGACACCACCUCCUGCAGAACUUGUCAUCCGUGCUCUAGAACUGCUAUUCUCCCUGGGUACCAUUGAUGAUUACGCCAAACUUACCAAGCCACUGGGAAUGAGAAUGGCAGAGCUUGCAGUUGAUCCUAUGAUGGGAAAGGUACUGCUCUCUGCCCAAACUUUUGGCUGCUUAAACGAGAUUCUGUCCAUUGCCGCGAUGGUUAGCCUUCAAGGAUCUGUGUGGGUACAGCAUGACAGUGACAGGAAGAACGCUGAAAGUAUGCGUCGCAAGUUUGCCGUCGAGGAAGGCGAUCAUUUGACAUAUUUGAACGUGUAUCAAGCUUUUGUCACCAAAGGGAAGAAAGACUCUAAGUGGUGUCGUGACAAUCUCCUGAACUACAAAUCCUUACAAAGAGCUGUCAGCAUCCGCGCUCAGUUAAAGCGGUAUCUUGAACGCUUUGGAAUCAGUGUCGAUGAGAACCCUCCAUUGUCUACCUCUCGGGGCCCCGAUCUUAGCGGACAGCCUGAGCGAGUUCAAAGGUGUCUAACAACCGGUUACUUUGCCCACGCUGCGAAGAUGCAGCCCGAUGGGACCUUCAAAACAGUCAGUGGUGACCUGACACUUUACGCACAUCCCAGCUCAAUCAUGUUUAACCGCAAAGUGGACUGGGUCAUCUUCCACGAGAUUCUACAAACAGGGGAUAAGACUUAUAUUCGUGAUAUCUCGAAGAUCGAGAAGAGUUACCUUCUUGAAUAUGCUCCAGAAUACUAUAGGGUCAAAUGAAGGCACAGCACGUUUACCAUAUAUUCCAUCCAACAGCCUAGAGUUUCUAGGACAUACCAAUAAUUAUGCAUCUUAAUUGAGCCUAAAUAGAACUAUUUAAUAGCAUCAAUACAUAGAAAAUAUUAGC